AUGGCGAAUCCCAGUUCUAUCUUAUUAUUUUCAUGUCUUCUAUUGUUUUCCAUUUCUUCUUUGCAUGGAAAAACUCUAAACCCUAUAGAUUCAUGUUGGAGAUCAGAUCCGAAUUGGUCUACCAAUCGCCAAGCUUUAGCCGAUUGUGCUAAAGGCUUUGGAAGUGGUGCCUUGGGGGGAAAAGGGGGAGCAAUUUACGUCGUAAAUGAUACUGACGAUGACCCUGUAAACCCUAAACCAGGCACCCUCCGAUAUGGUGUAAUUCAAACCGAACCACUUUGGAUUAUUUUCGAAAAGGAUAUGCUCAUUAAUUUGAGAAAUGAACUUAUAAUUAAUAGUUUUAAAACCAUAGAUGGAAGAGGUGCGAAAGUUGAAAUAGGUUUAGGACCUUGUAUUACUAUUGAUGUUAUAAAGAAUGUGAUUAUUCAUGGAGUAAAGAUUGAUAUUUGCUUGAAAGCUCCAGAAGGAAAUGUUAGAAUUAGUCCUACUGAGGUUGUGUUUAGGCCUGGUACUGAUGGAAAUGCUAUUAUUAUAAGCAAUUCUUCAAAUAUUUGGAUUGACCAUUGUUUUCUUGGUCGUUCUACUGAAGGUCUCCUCGAUAUUCUUUUUACUUCUUAUGAUAUCACAGUCUCAAACAAUAUCUUUUUCAAACAUAAUUGGGUGAUGACGCUGGGGAACAUAGACGGAUUUUAUCAGGACAAGAUCAUGAAUGUCACAAUCGCAUUCAAUCAUUUUGGUCCUUAUCUUAAUGAUAGAAUACCAAGGAUUCGAUAUGGAUAUGUUCAUAUUGCCAACAAUUAUUAUGAACCCUGGGGACUUCAUGCCAUUAGUGGAAGCUCCGAACCAACUAUUUUCAGUGAAGGGAAUUACUUCAUUGCUCCCAACAACGUGACCAUGAAAGAGGUAACACAUAGGGAAUAUGCUUUGCCAACGGUGUGGGCGCAGUGGAAUUGGAAGUCAUCCAAAGACAAAUUCUUGAAUGGAGCUUUCUUCAAUGCAUCAGGAAAAGGAAAUCCAACUCCAAAUUAUACUUCACCACAGUCAUUUCCAGUUGCUGAUGGAUCCCAAGUUCCUUCUUUAACUUCUGAUGCUGGUCCUCUUCACUGUAUCCCUAACCGACCCUGCAUUUAAUUUGUCCCCUUUAAUGAUAAUGAAAAAAAUAGUAGUCUGUUCAAUUUAGCGGACGAUAUUUUAAUUUGUCUCGGCAAUCUGAUUUUUACGAUAAAAUUUGCAACAGAAAGAUGGAAUAUUAUGGUACUUGAUAUGAUCGGGAAAUGAAUACACAGUUUUACCCUUCUUUGACGUCGCAGUGUAAUCUUAACAAUGUAUGAACUUACAUUCGAUGGAUGUUUUCUUGACAAGAAUUUUCUUAUAAGAGUAGUGUGCGCGCCAGCUUAAUUAAUGUGUGUAUUUGUUUGGACUAUAUAUCCGUCGAAUAUAUGGUACCUCUCACAUGCACAGUUCUUAACCAGAAGCAUUUAGA